CAGAGCUCAUUCUAAUAAAUGUUGUGAUUGUUCAGCAGGUACCGUUGUCAAUUCAUAAUAGGCAGAUCAAUAGAGAAUAGAGAAUGGGGAAUGCACACAACAUUGCCAAAGGGCCUCGUUCACCAAGAGAAAGAGUGAGGCAGAUCACAGACCAGAUAUUUGACAAAGUUACAGAAGGCAAAGAAUCUGCAAAUGUCAAUGAUGUCUACACAGGCAUUCUUCUCGCAUUUAAUGAUAUCAAUAGAAUGAUGCCUGGUCCUCAUCUUGAUCCACCUUCAAAGCAAGAUGUAGAGAAAUUUGACAAGGACAAAAAUGGGCAUGUAGACAAAGAGGAAUUCGCUUUAUUUGUGGAGAAGUUCACUUUUGAUCUGAUAAAUGAAAUAAGCAAGAGUAUAACUGUGAGUGCAUUAGGAGGGCCUGCUGUGAUAAUAGUGGGUGCCCCAGUGAUGGCAGGGAUGGCAAAGUCCUCUUCUGAAAAAGUACCAGUCAUUGGGAAAUUGCUGAGCAAGUUACCUGAUUCGAUGUUUGCUUCAACCAUUACAGUUGUUGCCAUGCUUUUGCUUCAAUCCACUUCUCGCCCUAAACUAAGCAAGGGAUAACCCGGCAUGACCUCUACUUAUAUGCAAGAAAAAUCAUUUUUACUCUGUUGUAGUUGUAUAUGAAUUCUAUGCAGUGUUUACCACCACAAUCUUAAAUAUUUAUUUCUCAUAAAUUAUGAUUUGCUAUACAAUAAAAAAAGAAAAUUUGUAUUUUCGGUC